UCGAAUUCAUCCAGCACGAUGCACCCAAUCUCUGCAGCCGCCGGCUUUCUCUUGCUUGGUUUAUCGGCAUCUUUCAGGCUGCCUUUGUCAGAUGAAGAGGACAGCAACAGCGAUGAGUUCACAAAGGAAGAUUUUGCAUUUGCAGAGCGCUACCUAAAGGCUCAUUACAAUCUCCAGUCCAAUCCUUCGGGCCUGCUGAAGAAGUCAGCCAGUUCAAUGGCAUCCAAACUUCGAGAGAUGCAAGCAUUCUUUGGACUGGAGGUGACGGGCAAGCUUGAUGAAGAAACCUUUGACCUGAUGCAGGAGCCAAGGUGUGGCGUCCCUGAUGUGGGGGAAUACAAUUUUUUCCCUCGAAAUCUGAAGUGGUCCCACAGUAAUUUAACAUACAGGAUUGUAAAUUACACGCCAGAUCUAACCAAGGCCGAAGUGGACAAAGCGUUCAAAAAGGCUUUCAAGGUGUGGUCUGACGUGACGCCCCUCAACUUCACCAGAAUCCGCAGCGGCACUGCUGACAUCAUGAUCUCCUUUGGCAGACGAGAGCACGGUGACUUCUAUCCCUUUGAUGGACCUUCUGGGCUUCUGGCUCAUGCUUUCCCUCCAGGACAAAAAGUCGGAGGAGAUGCUCAUUUUGAUGAAGAUGAACUCUGGUCAACAGACUCUAAAGGCUACAACCUGUUCCUUGUUGCUGCCCAUGAAUUUGGUCAUUCCUUGGGACUUGAGCAUUCCAGGGACCCAGGAGCUCUGAUGUACCCUGUAUACACAUACACAGGCAACACUGGCUUCGUACUUCCAGAUGACGAUGUACAAGGAAUCCAGACUCUCUACGGUAAAGGAGAACAUGACCCUCAUCCUGAUCACCCCAAGACUCCUGAGAAAUGUGAUGCAAAUUUGGCCCUUGAUGCAAUAACAGAACUUCGAGGAGAAACAAUGAUAUUCAAGGACAGAUUCUUCUGGCGCAUGCAUCCUCAGAUGGUCGAGGCAGAUUUAGUACAAAUCAAAUCAUUUUGGCCGGAGAUGCCAGCCAAGAUCGAUGCUGCCUAUGAGCACCCUGCCAAUGACCAUGUGCUGCUUUUUAGGGGCAGGAAAUUCUGGGCACUGAAGGGAUAUGACAUUGUAGAAGGCUAUCCCAAAAAGCUUCCAGAAUUGGGAUUUCCAAGAUCCGUGAAGACAAUAGAUGCAGCUGUCCAUAUCACUGACACUGGAAAAACUCUCUUUUUCACCGGCGAAAAAUACUGGAGUUAUGAUGAACAAAGCCAAGUUAUGGACAAAGGCUACCCUAGAAUAAUAGAGGAAGACUUUCCAGGGAUUGGCAACCGAGUAGAUGCAGCCUACCAGAAAAACGGUUAUAUAUAUUUCUUCAAUGGACCGCUGCAGUUUGAAUACAGCAUCUGGAGCGAAAGACUUACUCGGGUCCUGAACGCCAACUCGAUUUUCUACUGCUGAUUGCACUGGGCUGGGUUCUGAGCUGUGGAACACUCUGUCACCCAUAAAGAGGAAUGCUGGGGGGAAUAGGGUAGUCUCUCUUUUUUUUUCCUAAACCCAGAAGCUUGAUUCUGUGAAUAAGCUCUGGUAAUUUUUUGGUGUCUAACAUAUACUGUAUAUAUGGGAUUGUAUAGCGCUACAUACAUCAGUCUGGAACUGAAUUAAAUUAAAAAGGGGGGUAGAAUGAACUCAUAAGCAUUUUGAGGGGCAUUACAGUAUUUAAAAGUCAAAAGAGGUCAAUGUUCCUAUCAAGUCCUAAAGCAAUUCUGCGGGAAUUCUACCACUGCAGAAAUACACAAGGCAAGGAGUGAGAAGGAAUUGGCAUUGUGCCGGGAUUGCCAGGUGUGCCUUGGAAAAUACCUGGAGAUCUUGGGGGUGCAUCUGG